UCUUGCUAUUUAAAUCCUCUCUCUCUCUCUCUCUCUCUCUCUCUCUCUCUCUUACAAAUUACAAUGUGUUUGAGAAGCUGAAGCUUUCCGUCGAUUGAAAUAUGAAUUUUCACCACCUCUGUACAAACAGAAGUUAUCACAGAAUCAGAGUAGAAGAAGGGAGAAGCCAUUAUGUCAUGUUUCAGAUUUCAGGCUCUUCUUUUUUCACUUACCCUUGUCUUCAUUUCCACCUUCUCUUUCUCUCAUGAAAUUUCUCAGCCUCACCGUCUUCAAGAGAGAUCCGAUUUAGGGUUCAUUGAUGAGGAGGUAUAUGGUAGUGGGUUCGUUUCUUGGGGGACGAGGAGGUCUGUUAUUGAGGGAAAUGAUACGACCAACUCCUCUUUUCUCAUAUUUGCUGAGCAUAGAACAUAUAGGAGAGACCCUCUCAAUGGAUUCAAGCAUUAUGCUGGUGGAUGGAAUUAUAAUAGCACACAUUACUGGGCUUCUUUAGGUUUUUCUGCUGCUCCUCUGUUCAUCAUUGGUAUAAUAUGGUUGGUGGGCUUUGGGAUAUGUUUGUCCUGCAUCUGUCUUUAUCAUUUCUGUUGUCAACGACCUCACUAUGGCUAUUCUGGAAUUGCCUAUGCUCUCUCCCUCAUAUUUCUUAUUCUCUUUACCAUUGCUGCAAUAAUUAGAUCCAUAGUUUUGUACACUGGCCAGGGAAGAUUUCAUAAGAGUACAGUGGAUACAGUGGAUUAUCUUUUGAUGGAAGCAAAUAUGACUGUAGAUAGCCUUGGGAAUGUUUCAGACUAUCUUUCCUCUUCAAAGCAUACUGGGGGUGGAUAAUGUUUUUCUAUCCCCAGAUCAACAAGCCAAGAUCGUUCAAGUUGAUGCGAUGAUUAAUGCUUCUACCGGCAGUCUUGCGCGUCAGGCUGUUCAGAAUACAAAUGAUAUACUACGAGUUUUGGAUAUCGUGUAAAUAAAAGCUUCUAAGGAUUUAAUUGAUUCUGUGUUUCAGAUAAAGUUUAGGCUUUGUUGAAGUAUCAAAUUAUCCCCUGUCGUGUACUGCAGGAGACUUGACUCUUAUUCUAAUGGCAGCUGUGAUGUUGGUGUUGGCAUUCCUUGGUUUCUUAUUGCCUAUUCUUGGCUUGAAGAUUAUUGUGAACAUAUUGGUUAUUAUUGGGUGGAUUCUUGUAGCAGGCACAUUUAUUUUAGGUGGCGUAUUUCUACUGUUCCAUAAUUUUGUUGCGGACACUUGUGUUGCAAUGGAUGAAUGGGUCCAAAACCCAACUGCCCAUACAGUUCUGGAUAAUAUUCUCCCUUGUGUGGACAAUGCAACAGCCAGAGAAUCCUCAUUACAAAGCAAGCAAGUUACUUUCCAAUUGAUCAAUGUGGUGAACCAGUACAUUGGCAUUGUAGCUAACAGAGACUUCCCUCCCUACCUUACUCGUGUAUAUUACAAUCAAUCUGGUCCUUUGAUACCUUUCCUCUGCAACCCAUUUGAUCCUAACUUGAUGGAUAGGAAAUGUGUAGUUGAAGAAGUGGACUUGGAUAGUGCAAGACGGGUUUGGAAAAAGUAUGUCUGUGAGGUAUCAGCAAAUGGGAUUUGUUCAACACAGGGCCGUAUAACCCCCAGCAUCUAUAACCAAAUGGCAGCUGCAGUGAAUGUGACCUAUGGGCUGUAUCGCUAUUCUCCAUUCCUGGUUGGGCUGCAAGACUGCACCUUUGUGAGAGAUACAUUCACACAAAUCAUUAGGGAGAACUGUCCUGGACUACAGAGAUACAGUAAAUGGGUCUAUAUUGGAUUGGUGAUAGUGUCUGCUGCAGUGAUGUUGUCUUUGAUCUUCUGGGUAAUCUAUGCUAGAGAGAGGCGACAUCGUGUAUAUACCAAACAGUAUGAUGCAGCUCAUCAUGGUCAAGAGGAAUUUAAGGCCCCUUGAGGAGCAAAAGUUUUAGUUUACUUAUCUUUCUCAAGUCAGUUGUGAGUGUUCUUCAUACAAUAUUUUGAUGAACAGUCCUUUCUGAGUGUUAGUUCAAUGGGUUUUCAGCUAUUGAUUUGUAGAGAAAGUAGUUAAAAUUACAAAAGAAUGUCAUUUUUUGAAUGUCAUAUUCUUCUCCAUUUGAUGGAAAUUUGAUAAUUUUACUAUAACUUUGAUUUAGAGUAUGAAGUUCCCCAGGAAAAAAGAAAUCGGAGUUGGAAUAAUUUUCCUUGUUUCUUUUGA